AUAGAAAUAUUUCUCUAUUAAUUGUAUUCAAUAUUAAAGGAGUUGCUUAGUCAAUUUAAAGUUAUUCCAUUACGAUUAAUUGAAACUCACUUCACCUAUCAUUUUUCUAUGACAAGCUAUUUCAUCUGCAUUUGCAUUCGUUCGUUCUUUUACAGAAACCUAUUAUGUUGACACAGGGUAAAUUUCUUGUCAGGCGGUAAUGAUGAUUUCGUCUAUGUUUUUAGCACACAUUUUUCCUUAUCAUUUUAAUGUCACAUGUUACAUUACCGAUAUAUCAUAGAAUAACAUUGCGACAUUAAUAGUGGUUAGAAUUAAAACUAUCUCUGUGAAAUUAGAGAUAUGAUGUAUAGUAGAACAGGAUACAUCUAAUGAGUCAUCAACUCAUCACAGACCUUAUAAUUACAAAUAAAAUAAAGAAUUUUAUUUCCUUCUACAUAAUAUUUGUUCGUCAAUUUUACAAAUUCUCAUAUGAGAGAAUAAACAAUUGAUUGGGACGGUUAGGUAACACACACACACAUUCUCUCAAAAGAAAAUAUCGAAUUCUUCAUGUUAGAUUUCACAUGUUUUAAUCGUCGUAAUAAAAUUUUGAUAACAUAUACUACACGGUCGUAUGAAAUCUAGUUACGUGUCUGACACUUAUUUUUCAGUAAUAACUGAAAUUUUUUAGUGACAGAAACAUGAGUGAAGAUGUAAAAUGCUCUCAAUAUGAUGUUAAACAAAAUAAAAAAUUGUCAGACGUUUUCCCUUUGCAAGCAUCCGGACGAUGUCAGUCUAUCAAAGAAAGUAACGUGACGCAUACGAUAUCUAAGGAACAAGAUUACUUGAAUGAAAGAAAUAUUUUCAAUAUAUUCCAUUUUCUGCUCUCUCAUGUGAUCAUUCAUCAACCAGCAGAUCCUAUCCAAUACUUGUAUGAAUUGCUCGAUGAUUUUAUAUUAUUUAGAUCGGGACUCAAAGAGCCACGAUUACUUUGGACAGAAAGGCAUCUUAAUGCGAUAUUCGAAAAUAUUCUCUUCCAUGAUUCUGAAUUUUUACCUUUGGAUGGUUUUAAAACUGCUAUGAAAACGAUGGGCGUGCGUUUUUACGAUCCAUGUCCAGAUCAGCUUGUCCGAGGAUAUGUAGAUCGGCAAACUUUUUGUACGGAAGCAUUGAACAGCAUGAAAAAUGAAUUGUUGCAUAUGGCGACCGAAACCAGUCGGCGUACAUAGGCGUGAAGCAGAAUAACUUAUAAUUCCUUUGCAUAUUGUAUACUUUAUCACAAAGCGUAUAUAUUUUAUGUCUAUUUAUUAUUAAAUAUAUACAGUGGUUCACGAAAAUAUUCGAACACUUAUCAUGGAAAAUUUUUAUGAUAUAUUAAUUAAUAGAAAUUUUUUAUAUAUAUUAUGUGUGUUAUACAAAACAUUUUGAAAUUUCAUUAGCAAUGUAUUAAGACUCGAUCUCAUGAUUAUAUACUCAUAAAAUUUGAAACAAAUCUAAAAAUGUGUAUACAAACUACAAAAUAUUUAGCGUAAAUAUACGUUUCUUAAAGGUCGCAAAAAUGUUUAAACAAUCAAAUAUUCAUUAUAUUAAUAAACCUCGAUAUUCAGCGGAAACAUCUUUAUACGUUUAAGAUGUUUGUAGUGAAUGUCUUGCAAUUUCUAUAUGUAUUUUCAUGUUGAUUUCAAUGUCCAAUGUAAAUAUAGUAAUAGUCGUAUCAUAAAAGUUUCUACAGUAAGUGUUCAAAUAUUUUUGUGAGCUACUGUAUUAUUACGAUGAAAAUUUUAUUUAUAUGCACAGAAAAAAAUGAAUUUCUUUUGGUAAUAAAUACGAUCAACGAUAUGUUCUGUCACGUUGAAAAAGUAUAGAAACGAAAGGAAACGAAAACGAGACGAGACGAGAACAGAAACAUGACAAAGCCACUCGAAGAACCAACCAGAGAGAGGAGAGAAGGGUGAGAGUCAACAGACGAAGCGAGUCGAGGUAAAACGAGUCGACUCGAGUCGAAGUGGACUCUAACGAGCAUGGUAAAGAACGUCAGGCUAGAGAGAAAGUGAGUGAGCGUGCGUGCGUGCGAGCAAGCGAGCGCGCAACCAAACGAUAUAGUUCGAAAUAGUUGUGCACAAGUUGUGUAAACGGUGUUGGCACGCGUAGCUGAUCAAACCGAUCGAGAUUUGCGUGUGGUUUAACUUCGCCGUACUAUAUCAUCGCCUUGUGAUCAAACCUUUCUACUUUCAACGCAUUCAACGGUAACAAGCAUGAUCCUUCGAAUUUCCUCCGUCUUGUUCCUCGUGCGUACACCAUUACACGAUCGUUCGACGAAGAAUACGCAGUGUAGAAACCAGAGCAAGUAGUUUACACCAGUGAGCGCAAUCUAAGGACGUUCGUGAUUUAUUUUGUUUUUGAAUUCUUUAACGCUAUACUAUUACUACAUCGUUAUGCCAUUAGCAUUUCUAAUAACGAUGGUUAAUCUGAAAUCAAGUAUCGUGCUUUCCUGUAACAGCGACAAAAUUAUAUUAAAAAAGUGAAAUAUCAAUAUUUCGAAGAAAGAAGAACUUUACUGUCGAAUACCUGUACACGCAUUCGUGUACAAUAUUAUUGCUAACACAGCACCGAUUUUCUUUAUACUAGUGUACAUACAUAUGUGUAAGGAAAACGUAUAUAUAUACAUGAAUAUUUUCUCUGUAAAAUUGUAAAAAAUCAUAACCAACGAUGUUGAAAACGUAUACUACCACUGUUACUACUACGAGUUAAAUCGAAUCUGGAAUUUAAGAAACAUCGGAUUGGGAAGAUUUCCUUUUGUAGAAAUGCAAAUUCUAAUUGAAAUUUAGUCGAAACGAUA